AUGAAAAAACAGCUACUGAUGAAAGAAAACAAAAAUAAACUGGAAAUAAUGCAACUGGAGUAUGAAGAGAGAAAAAAGAGGGAAGAUGAGACUGGUCUCGAUUGGUUGACAGAAGAGUGCAACUACUAUUAUCGACUUAGCUGUUUAAAUGCAGCUGCCAGGAGACUAGAGACAGAUAAUUGCUGUACAUCAAGUAAAAACGGUGCAGUCGAUAUUGUCAUUUGUUCUAUGGAAAUAGAGUUCCGAUUUCUGUUACAUGGACGUGGAAACACUGUUCCAGCUCACAAGAUUGAUGAUGAUGUCAUAGAUUCUAUGGCCAAAGCUGUAGGUGCUAGCAGUUCAACCAAGUGGUGGCCGCUGUGA